CUUCAAGUCUUCAUGAUAUCCUUCCUCAACAUGAGCACUGCCCACCUGCACCGUCGCUCCUUCACCAUGGCUGCUCAAAACCAUCACCUCCAACAUGGUUCAUCCUUUCACGACUAUCAUUGAGCUACUCUGCUCGCCCCAGGUAGCCCCCAUAACCAUCGUUACAAUACUUCGAACACAGCAAUACCAUUCCGCCUCGUCGCUCCGGAGCCUCUUCAAGCCACCGUCUCUACCCUCACCUACUUCACACCGACCGCUUACUCGAGCUUUGCCAUCGAUGCCCCUUCAGGUCACGACCAUGUUCAACCCCAGUCAUCUUCCGCAACAUAGCAGCCACCGACGACGCCACCCUUCUCUCCACGUCCUUUCCUCGCAUACGCAUUCGAUCAUACAUACAAGGCAUGCUGGUUGGGUGUCACAGGGUUCAGUAAGAUGAGGAACGCUUAGGGGCUUGACGGUUCGCCCAACAAAGCUUGGCAUCAUGGUACUUGGUAAACUCAUCGUUUGGUGCGGGAGGUGAAGCUCUUGGAGCAGGCCUACCACUCGAUUAGGGAGCAUCUGUGUGUGUUGCUGAGGAUGGAUCCUCGCACUCCGGCUCUGACCUUACCGCCUGCAGUCUUUGACUGUAGCAGUAUUGGAUGGGAGAGACUUGUUCUGGUGGAAUGGGAGGAGUUCUUGUGGCACCCAACCAGGUGUGGGAAGUUCGUAUUUAUGCCGGUUCUGUAGUAGAUGGUGGUUGAACAUUAGCUUAGAAUCAUUGGGCUUAGAUUAGCACUUCAUCGAUGGACUUCAUUAAAACAA